GGAUCAGUUUUGUCUUUCAUGACCACCGGUUCGCUUGUACAACUUUGGCGAAUUUGGCGAUAAGACAUACUGUAGGUUACCUACUGAACAUACAUUGCUGCAAAUGAUUUCAAAACUGUUUCAUAACAAUGUGCGUCUUAUCAGACGGCACAUAGCGACUGCUACCGGCCCCAAGAGGAAUUCAUUUCUGAUAAGAAUCGUUGGCAGUUCAGCAUUUGUUGGAGGAAGCGUCUUGAUAGCAUACCAAUGGAUGAACCAAAAACGGGUGCACAUGCUAUCUGGUUCUGUAAAUAAAUUGGCCUCGGUAACUCGCUAUAUGGCUGAGCCAAUAACUGAUCGAAAGGUCCUUGAUGCAAACCGGAACGAUAUGAAAUGUCGAAUGGAGGAGUUGGUAAUGAAAAUACAGCAUGAUUUUUGUCGUUCGCUCGAAGCAGAAGAGAACUUUGACAAAAAGUUUGUCGUUGAUCGGUGGCAACGCAGUGAAGGGGGAGGCGGCAUCACCUGCGUCCUACAAGAUGGAGAUGUGUUCGAGAAAGCCGGCGUUAACAUUUCGGUCGUGCAUGGCAACCUUCCUAAAGGAGCGAUUCAGCAGAUGCGGUCCCGUGGCAAGCAACUUGCUGAUGGUGAUCUUCCAUUCUUCGCUGUAGGCGUUAGCGCCGUAAUACAUCCACGAAACCCAAUGAUACCAACCAUACAUUUCAACUAUCGAUACUUCGAGGUUACUGAUUCAACAGGGGAAAAGCAAUGGUGGUUUGGAGGUGGCACAGACCUCACUCCGUACUAUUUAAAUGAGGACGACGCAAAACAUUUCCAUCGGACUCUCAAAGAAGCGUGCGAUCCGCAUGAUAAAUCAUAUUAUCCGAAAUUCAAGGAGUGGUGCGAUAAAUAUUUUUUCAUCCCUCAUCGCAACGAAAGUCGUGGAGUAGGAGGGAUUUUCUUCGACGAUUUGGACGGACCGGAUGCAAAGCAGGCGUUUGAUUUCGUGUCGUCUUGCGCCCACUCCGUAAUUCCUUCAUACUUGCCUCUGGUUCAACGACAUAAAAACGAUACCUAUGGUACCAGACAGAGGCAAUGGCAGCUUCUGCGUCGCGGUCGAUACGUGGAGUUUAACCUCAUCUACGACAGAGGCACAAAGUUUGGUCUGUACACACCCGGAGCGAGAUACGAAAGUAUUCUCAUGUCCCUGCCUCUCCAAGCGAAAUGGGAAUACAUGAACAUUCCAGAACAAGGGAGUGAAGAAGCAGUGAUUAUUGAAGUUCUCAAAAAGCCGAAGAAUUGGUUGAAUUUGUAGCACUGGACAGCAGUUUCUUUUUCUUAUUUUUUUGUUAUUGUAAUAUUUUUUAUGUGAAAUAUAUUCUUGUUAUGCACUAACACAAGGAAUAAACACAAUACGUUGUUG